UAGUAAACACUACUCAUAAUACACAAGUUAAAAAAAGAUAGGCUAAAAUAACGAGAGUAUAAGCAUUGAACCUCCCUUUAUCGAGUGGUAGUGUCCGCAAAGAAUUGAAAUAAUGGCGGAAAGUGAUUCGAGUUUGCUGAACUUGGACGAUGAAGAUCUCUACAAACGGCUGCUGCUGGAGAGUUUGGAGAAGGAAGGUGCAGCAGGAUUGGGGGGCCUACAGCCACAGGAGCCGCUCGGGAGGAGGGUCGUACCUAAACCUGGUUUCUGUGUGAAAACCAAGGCAGAUAAUGAGCAGAAAGUGUUCAUCAAUGUCUGUACAGCUGAAGAGGUCCCUGAGCCCAGGGAUAUCAAUGAGGAGGAGCUGAGAGAGAUUCUGGAGUCAGAGGAUGCUGGGAAAUAUCGCGUCAGUAUGAGUAUCGGGGAGCCGCACACAGAAGUGGACAAAGGUGGAAAAGGCUGUACAGCAUAUGAUGUGAUAGUCAAUCCAAACUUUUACGACAAAAUGCAGAAACAAGACAUCUUCAAGGCCUUCUUCCUUGUGGUUUGUCUGGAGGGACUGGAACAAAAGUACCAAAUGCUUCUCAGUAGAAACUACACCAUCUUGAAGAACAGAAGAUGUCUUGGUGCUCUUCAAGAACAGUUCCUCCGGACAAAGUCUAAACCUUUCAUCCAUGAGAUGGACAGGGACAAGUCUUCAUCUCUGAUUUCUGAAGUUGAAUCAACAGAAACCAGAAUACCAGAGCCAGAGUACACAAUCAUCAAAGAACCAGCAGACGGCUACCCAGAAUUCCUGGUGGCAGAAUUCAAACUACCUGCUGUGAGAUCUGUGAAAUUUUUGACCUUGGAUGUUGGUGAGGACAGAAUAGUCCUGGGUGCACGGCCUGACCUCUACCAUCUGGACAUCUUUCUACCUUAUAACAUCAACCGGGAAGAGUCUGGGGCACAGUUCAACAAAAAAACUAGGACGUUGACCCUGACAAUGCCAGUACAGCCAGCAAGUUGAUAGCUGUCAUCAUGAUAUGAAGGGAAAAGAAGA